AUGGUGGGUGUGGAAGGGAGGACCACUACUCUGUCUGUCACGGGGGGGGGGGGGGGGGGGGGGGGGGGGGGGGGGGGGGGGGGGGGGUGGGGGGGCAUAAAACAUGACUACAAUGAGCUCUGCAAAGCCAUCUGGCAGAAUACUCAGAUUACGGUGCCUCCGGGACCCUCACCGGCAGCCAUGGCAGUCAAACAAACUCACAACGAGCUUGCGGACUGCUACUACAACAGGUUGAGACAGGGCUAA